AUGUUAUCUGAUGGUGAUGAUUUCAGCAGAGACCAACACCAUCUAACUGGUGGGGGUUCAACAAGAUCCACCGCUUCUUCCUCCUCUACCAUCUCUUCCAACCAUUCACCACCUUCUUCAACCGUGAACCAGAUCAGAAGCUCUUCAAACACCACCAGAACAAUGGAAGAAGUUUGGAAGGAUAUCAAUCUCUCCUCCACCAACCACCCUGUCGCCACCAYCAAGGGCUACCGUGGAUUCAUCUUUCAAGAUUUCCUUGCCAAGCCCUUCUCGAGUAACGACACACCCACGCGUAUUUCUUCGCCUGCUUAUGGAUCCCCGUCUCCUCCGCCGCCGCCGCCGCCACCACCUCCACCGGUGGCUCAGCCGCCCAUGCUGUUGAACCUGAACUCAGGUCCGGAUCAGAUGAAUUUUCUGGCCAAAGAUCCGACCCGGAACGUCUGCCCUCUUGAUGUCCCGUUUGACCAGGUCCUGGCAUCGGCGAACUCGUCUUCAGGCUUGCUGUCCAACAGCAUUGGUGGGAUGUGGAUGUUACCGGCUACCGAAAGGACCGGUGGCGACCGCCGGCACAAACGCAUGAUCAAGAACCGAGAAUCGGCCGCUCGUUCACGAGCCAGAAAGCAGGCUUACACCAAUGAGUUGGAAAAUGAAGUGGAACGCUUGAAAGAAGAGAACGUGAGGCUGAAAAGACAACAACAACAGUUGAUGGCAACAGCAGCUCAAGUGACCAAAAAGGGGGGACUCCAGAGAACAUCAACAGCUCCAUUUUAA